CAGUUCACCACACGAUCCACGUCUCAACUUCGGCGACUCCCAGCCGCCCGCAGGCCGCGGAGCAAUGGAGAGGCAGAGGAGCCACGCCUCUUGCUCCAGCUCGUACCACUGCCACCUGCUGAACCCGAAGAGCCUCCUCCUCGUCUCCCUCGCCUCGUUACCCCUCUUCUUGGCGCUCCGCCACGGCCGCCCGCUCCACCUUCCCUUGGCGUUCGCCGCUGCCCCAGCGCCGGUUCUUGUGGCUGGUAGGUGGGGCUACCCAGCGGCGGAGGUCGAAGAGGCAGUUGUUGGUCUCGGGAGAGGGGAUUCGGUCGCUGAGGGAGCGAGCCCCGCUGUUGCCGGAGGCUUGUCGGUGCGGGGCGUGGGCUCGGCAGCAGAGGCUCAAGGAGGAGGAAAUGGUGGAACUCCUUCGAAUGGUGAGGAUUUGAAUGGGCAGGAGGUUGCGGAAGCUCGAAAUCUCACACUUGGAGGCUUGGAUUCGGAAGUGAAAGAAGCUGCUCCUCAACCUCAAGGCAGUGGUGGCGAGAGGCUGGCGAAAGCGAAAUAUUUGAUUUCGGGGAGGCCAAACUUAGAAGAGGGCAAGAAUCUUAGCAAAGAAAGUCUUGGUUCGUCAGCUGCAUCAGCAAAGAAAUUGGAGGGAAAGGGGUCUCCGCGGGAUGUCAAUUUCUCCACUGAAGCUUCAGGUCCUGCAAAGGGGACGACAGACGAAUUCUUGCAAGAUGACCAUGUUGAUGAUGGGCGCAAUUCCUCCCUACAUAUAGCUUAUGCUUCUCAACAGGGGAGACGCAGGGAAAGCUCAGAUAAUUCAAUGUUAGGGUACAGCCCUGGAGCAGCUCCAGUCAAUCCAGAUAAACAAGAAACGGCCAAGAGCAACAUGGAUUUUGCAAGAAGCAAUGCUGCACAGUGUGAUGUUUCUGACGGGAGUUGGGUGUUCGAUGAAAGCUAUCCACUCUAUGAGAGCAAUUCUUGCCCUUUUAUAGAUGAAGGGUUCAGCUGCCAAGCUAAUGGAAGAAUGGAUGAAAGCUACAUGAAGAUGCGGUGGCAACCUAAGCAUUGCAGUGUCCCAAGGUUCGAUGCAAGGAAAAUGCUUGAGAUGCUGCGAGGAAAACGGCUAGUGUUUGUCGGAGACUCCAUUAACAGAAACCAAUGGGAAUCCAUGAUGUGCUUGCUAAGCACGGCAAUCUCAUAUCCUUCAAGAAUUCGUGAAACUCGUGGCCGCAAGAUUACUAAAGAGAAAGGGUAUUACAACUUCAAGUUCCUGGACUACAAUUGCAGUGUGGAGUAUCAUACGACACAUUUCUUGGUGCAUGAAACCAAGGCAAGAAUUGGCCAAAAGCGCACAAUGACACUACGAAUCGAUACCAUAGAUCAGAGCUCAUCAAGAUGGAAAGGUGCUGAUGUGCUUGUGUUCAACUCUGCUCAUUGGUGGUCGCAUCACAAAACAAAUGCUGGAGUGUAUUUCUAUCAAGAAGGGGAUCAUGUCCAUCCCCAUCUUGAAGCCUCUACUGCUUUCCAAAGAGCACUGACCACAUGGGCAUCAUGGAUCGACCGUUACAUCAAUCCACGGCAAACUCAAGUGUUCUUCCGAAGCUCAUCCCCCUCUCACUUUAGCGGAGGCGAGUGGAAUUCAGGGGGACACUGCAGAGCGAGUACACUAGCCCCUAACGACGGUCGUGUGUGGCCAAUGCCGGAGAUAAACGUGAUGCUUGAACAGAUCUCGAAGCAGAUGAAGACUCCUGUGACAAUUCUGAACAUUACCGAUCUGUCCCGGCUAAGGACCGAUGGCCACCCCUCUAUUUAUCGACGGAAGGGAGUAGAUUUAACAGCAUCCAGCGGCCAGGAUUGCAGCCAUUGGUGCCUUCCUGGGGUGCCAGAUACAUGGAAUGAGCUGCUGUUCUACCAUCUAGUGUCUUGAAAAGAAAUGCUUGGAACAAGAUAGUGACUGAAUUGUCGGUCCCUUUUCUUUGGUUGUAGAGAGGGCAUUGUGAUUUUUUUUCCUGUAAAUGUAAUUUGAUUGCGAAAAGAGAGCACAAUCAUGUAUAUGUUGGCACCUUUAUCCUCUGCUGAUAAUAUGUCGAGCACACAGUCAGAUGCCAUGUGAUUC